AUGAAACCUAAAAAACAAGUGAAUAAUAAAUUGGCACGUCAUGAUUUGCCUCAAUUCUUCCUUUUAGUAGCAUUAUAUUUUGUCCAGGGGAUCCCUGUUGGUUUGGCGUUUGGUACAGUACCCUUUUUAUUAAAGUCAAUGGCCAAAGAUACCUCAUUCGCAUCCUUGGGUCUCUUUUCAAUGGCCACAUACCCAUAUUCAUUAAAAAUUCUUUGGUCACCCAUCAUAGAUUCGUGUUACAAUAGAAGGAUAGGGAGAAGAAGAUCCUGGAUUAUUCCAAUUCAAUUGGUAAGUGGGAUCAUCUUAAUUUUAUUAGGUUGGGCAAUCAGUAAGAAUCAUAUUUUCAAAGGUGUAGAUAAUGCAUUCCACGGCUUACCCACUGACAUAAGCAAUACGAAUAUCAUGUCUCUAGUCUGGUGUUUUGGUCUAUUAGUUUUUCUCUGUGCUACUCAAGACAUCUGUGUAGAUGGAUGGGCUUUGACUAUUCUUUCUAAACAGUCGUUAUCGUAUGCGUCAACUGCACAGACUGUCGGAUUAAACAUUGGUUAUUUUCUUUCCUUUACUGUGUUCAUAUCUUUGAAUUCCAGUGAUUUCAUCAAUAAGUAUUUCAGAACUUCGCCAAAACCAUACGGUUUAAUCAGUUUAGGUGGAUAUAUGAAAUUCGCUGGUUUUAUUUAUAUCAUAUUAACCUUGUAUGUCGGAUUUUGUACAAGUGAACAUCCAUUAAGAAAGCAUUUGUCCUUUAAGGGGGCUUCGGGAUAUUCUGUAUUACCAAGACACAAAAAUCACAAUGUUAAAAGCCAGGAAGGUUAUGAUGGUUCUACAAAUACAUUGGUUGUAGCGUACCAAUAUGAGGAAGAUGAUGAGAGGACCCAGAAUAUCUCGUAUAUAUAUAAAUGUUUUUUGAAAGUGUUAGGGCUUAAGCCUAUCCAGUUGUUGGCUUUGGUUCAUUUGGUAUCCAAGAUUGCAUUCCAAUGUAAUGAGGGGGCUACAAAUUUGAAGUUGUUGGAGAGAGGGUUUAAAAGAGAGAACUUGGCGGUCACUGUGCUGAUUGAUGUACCUUUUGAGAUAAUUUUUGGAUAUUAUGUGGCCAAAUGGAGUUCUGACAACAAACAUGGAGGUAGCCCCAGUAAUAAUGAAAGUGGGAAUGUGUAUAUUAAUGCUCAGAACAGUAAUUAUAAAAAUAAAGAUGGUAAUGGAAAUGAAGAUGACGAUGAAGAUGACGAUGACAAUCCACAUGAAAAGAUGUUGAGAAUCAGAAACAAUUCAAUUUUGAAAAGAAUCAAUAGUUUCUUAGUUGGGGACGCAGGUAUAUUAACUCCAUGGUUAUAUGGGUUUUUAGGUCGGUUAGUAGCAGCAGCAUUAGGUAGUUAUGUUGUGUAUAAAUUUCCGAGAGACAAAGAAAUAAGCAUAUGGUUCUUUAUACUUGUUAUAGUGCAACAUCUGCUAGGGUCGUUUAUGAACACCGUGCAAUUUGUUGGCAUCUCGAGUUUCCAUACAAGGAUUGCAGACCCGGUGUUGGGUGGCACGUACAUGACGUUACUGAAUACGUUGAGUAAUUUCGGUGGGACGUGGCCAAGGAUCAUUGUGAUGUGGAUGAUCAGUUACUUUACGGUGUCAAGAUGUGAAAUGCCGUCAAUGGGUCAAGACUAUUUAUUUCAUGGAUCAGAGAAAAAUCAAAAAUGCGGGAUCGAGUUGGAUCCAUCAAGCAAGGUUACUAUAGUGAGGGAUGGGUACUAUGUGGUCAAUACGUUGUGUAUUUUGCUUGGGCUGUUGUUAUAUUUUGGAUUUUUGAAAAGACAAGCUCAAUCAUUGCAACGACUACCAAUAAGUGCUUGGAGAUGCGCACAUGAUCAGCGAGGAUAA